AUGCCCCCCAAGCGUCGCCACGACACCUCGGACGCAGAGUCUAGGGCUCCGAAGCAGCCCAAGUACCCUUACGAGAACAGAAUUACCGAACCUGUAGCUCGUCAUAUGGCUUCCUCGAGCGGUCGGAGACGUGGCCAGUCCGGUGCGGCCCAACAGCCUCUUCCUUCCUCCUCGACUGCCACGCGCAAGGGUCAUGGCCAAUCUAAGAAUCAACCGGCCGAUGGUCUCGGCAUGUCUCCGCCGGGGCCUGCCCAGAACACAGUCCCCCAUUCAACCUGUUGCUUCCCUCAACCUCUCACGGCUCAUGACAAUCAAUCCGGAGGUCAAGCUUUUCCUUUCCCGUCGGCUGGUCAGGCCCAGGUUCGUAGAGAACCUGCCGUUCCUACUUCGGCCCCCCCGGUCCAGCAUCUUCCUCCCCAACAUAGCGGCGGACCCAGCGGCCAGUCCGUUGUCUCCGGGGCUGCCACUGCCCAAACCCAGGGACAGCCCGGAACUCGUCUAGUAAUUCAUCGCGACGCGUUUGCGACCACCGUCAGCAAGCACCUCUCAGUCUGUUUUACAAUUAUAGCAUCCAAUCCUGGCCAACCCAGCCCUCAGCCUUCCGCUUCCAAUGGAAGAAUCUCUCCCAACUCGGCCGUUCUCGAGAAGCUCCCUGGGGGUUCUCGAGCCUAUCCUUGUUACAGGUGCCUCCUCCAUUACAUGGCCAAUGGUUCAGACUCGACUGGUAGUUUGCAACUCUGCGUUGACGCGGACGACGCCCGCGAUCUCGCCCAGUUCGUUAUUGGUAUUCCUCUUCGCGGCGAGAUUAGCCCAGACGUCAUCAAGGCCUCGCGUACUCGCCUCAAGAACAUCUGCCAACAGAUGAUCCAAGCUGACCAGGAAAUCAAGGCCAGCUUCGAUAAGUACCUGAGCAUCUGGAUGGGUAACUCCAUCGUACCCCAAGAAUCCUUGAGUACGAUCCCCAGCACGGUUAGCAGCGCCAUUAGAACGCUUGUUAAUGUUUUGGAAACCCUUCGCGCUGAACAGAGGGCUCAGGGUGACCGGUUUCGCAACCUCGAGAACCGUAUGGAGCAGCUGGGUUCCAAUCCCAGUCGGAAUACCAAGCAGGGCGACCGUGUCGAGAAGGAAGGCUAG